AUGGCCAUCGGGGAGGAGCUGCGCAGUGGCCACUUCUGGCGGGGGGUGCUGGCGGAGCUGGUGGCCACCCUCAUCUUCGUGGGGGUGGUCCUGGGGGCUUCAGCAGCCCCUGGGCCACUGGCACCAGCCCUGGCCGGGGGGUUGGUGGCCGGGGGGCUCGUCUGCACCCUCGGGGGUCCCCAGGCCAACCCCGCACUGACGCUGGCCCUGCUGUGCACCCGCAAGCUGAGCACCCUGCGCGGGGCCGCGGGGGUCCUGGCCCAGUGCACGGGGGCCACGCUGGCCUCUGCUGCUGCCCGUGCAGCACUGCUGGAUGACACCGGCCUCGUCACCAGGGUGAGUGUCCCCAUCCCCGUCCCCAUCCCUGUCCCCAUCUGUGGCACUGGACAGGUGUCCCUCCUGCAGGUGAGCGCGGUGGGGACAGCCGGGACAGCGCUGGCCUGGGAGACAUUUGCCACCUUCCAGCUGGCGCUGGCCGCCUUCGCCGCCGCUGAGCACACGGCCCCACAGGCUGGGCUGGCCCUGGGCAGCGCCGUGGCCGCCGGUGCCCUGGCUGCAGGGCCAUUCUCGGGGGGCAGCAUGAACCCCGCACGCUCACUGGGGCCGGCCAUUGUCACCGGUGUCUGGGAUGAUCACUGGGUGUACUGGCUGGGGCCGGUGCUGGGCGCGGUGCUGGCCGGGCUCUCCUACGAGUUCAUCCUGGCACCCGGAGCCUCCCGGGAGAAGUUGAGUGCCUGCCUCGCCUGCCGGGAUGUGGCUCUGGUGGAGACCCCCAGCCUGUCCCCCUCCUCGGUGGCCCCCCCGGCCGAGCAGCGGGAGCAGGGCACUGCCUGA